GACGUCCACCCAUUACGGCAAAACUCGAACUUCGAGCAUCUCUCUCUCUCUCUCUCCCUCUCUCUACCUCCCGUCUUCUAUCAGCAGAACGCUGCGAUGGAUCUCGCGAAGAAGCGGAAGAUGGACGACAACGGCGUGGCGCCGCCGGACUCCUCCGAUCCCGGCGCCGCCCUCACCCGCGACGAGGGCCGCCGGAUGCUCGAGAGCUUCUCCAAGGACCAGCUCCUCGACCUCCUCCAGGACGCCCUGCUCCGCCACCCCGACCUCCGCGCCGCCGCCCGCUCCGUCGCCGACGCCGAUCCCACCCGCCGCAAGCUCUUCAUCCGCGGCCUCGGCUGGGACACCACCAACGACAGCCUCCUCCUCUUCUCCACCUACGGCGAGCUCGAGGAGGCCGUCGUCAUCCUCGACAAGGCCACGGGGAAGAGCAAGGGCUACGGCUUCGUCACUUUCAAGCACGUGGACGGCGCUCUGCUCGCCCUGCGCGAGCCCAGCAAGAGGAUCGAGGGCCGCGUCACGGUCACGCAGCUCGCGGCGGCGGGUAAUUCGGGCGCCAGCACGGGCAACUCGGCCGAUGUCUCGGACCGGAAGAUCUACGUGGCGAACGUGCCGAUCGACAUGCCUGCGGAUAAGCUGUUAUCUCACUUCCUGAUGUACGGCGAAAUCGAGGAAGGGCCGCUAGGGUUCGAUAAGCAGACUGGGAAAUCGAGAGGGUUUGCUCUGUUUGUUUAUAAGACGGCCGAGGGAGCUCAGGCGGCUCUGGCCGAGCCAGUGAAGAACAUAGACGGAAGGCCAUUAAAUUGCAAGCUUGCAAUUGAUGGGAAGAGGAAGCCGGGUCCAGCGGGUAAUGUUGGACCUGGUAAUGGCCACGCUGAUGCAGUGGGGAUGAGUGGCCCAGGUUCGAUGCCAGGAUCGGCUCCGGGGCAAUAUGGUGGACCUGGGGGAAUGGGGUCCUAUGGUGGGUUCCAGGGUCCGCCGGGAUUGGCUCAUUUGAGUUCCAGCGGGCCUGGGAUGUCGGCCGUGGGCAGUCAGGUGCCUCCCAAUUUAGGUGGUGCUGGCGGCUACGGCAGUGGGAUGGUUGCUUCAUAUGGUGGUUAUGGGGGACCAGGAGCAACUGGAUAUGGCGGUGCAGGCGGUGCUUUAGGUGCUGUUGGGACUGGUCUUGGUGGUGCAGGUGGUGGUGUUGGUGGCACAAGCAGUGGAUUAGGCACCGCUGGUGGCUCAUCUUUGUACAGGCCUUCCGGAGGGUAUCCAGAAAGUGGACAAUAUGGCUUAUCGUCUGCAUCAGCAUACCCGAGCCAGCAGCAUCAGCCGACAGGGACUUCUCCAGCGCCGAGGGUUCCACCAGGAGGAAUGUAUCCAAACGUGCCUUCCUAUUACUGAGGGCAUGAUGUGACAGGAUUUGUAGCGGGAGGCUGAUGCAACAUAUGUGAGAAAGAGAGAGAGAGAGAGAGAGAGAGAGAGAGAGAGAUUUUUCUAGGAAAUAAUUUUAUCGUGUCUCUGGGUACAUUUAUCUAGGGAAAUUUUCAAAUGUAUUGUUGAGCGAUGUAUCCUCUUGUGCAUAAUGACUAAUGUAAAGGCGUGUCUUUAUAUGCGACCUGCAUGAUGGGAUCGGCAAUCUCCUUACAUGUGUGGAUUUCCUUGGAAUCGAUGACCGACUCGUUAUCUAUUGGCAAUGGACAUUUACUUGUGCAAACUUAACCUACUAGAAUUUACUGCUUAAACCAGUUACUUUUAACAAA